AUGGAUCCAUAAUUGAGUCACUACACUUAAUUCUUCAUUGUAGUUACUAAUCUCUGCAAGACUAAUCAAAUCACUCCCGAACAGAAGUCCUUACUGAAAAGUAAUCUCACUCGUAAGGAUGAGAAAAUUUGUCGAUUGUUGAUAUAAAAUAGCGGUCCUGGGAAAGAGAUGUUAUUGAGAGAAGCCUUGCUGGAUUACUUGGCUGCACAAAACAAACAAAUCUAGCGAAGGAGAUCUCAUAAAUCAAAGACAGUUCAUUUCAUGAAAGACGUAGCAGAGCAGGAAAAGCAACCAGAGGUGGUCCCUCAGUAGGAAUCACCAGCCUAACCACUGGCGAGUGCUGCGGCUGUCAUGAUUGAACAACUAACAGGAGUUUUACAUAAACAUAUUGAUAAACAUAGCUUACUUGUACCAGAGGAUAAGGAGAAGCUGAUAUAACUGUGCACCUUAAUUUAAAAACUCACAUCUGAGUAGGUUGACUUAGAUGGAAUAAGUCCAUUUAGGGCCAGAUACUCUUCGGAAAAUAGCAAAUUAGCUGAAAUUAGCGAGAAGGAUUUGGAUUCUAGCGAUGAGGAUGUCUAUGAGAAAAUGGUAAAGGGAAUAGACGACAUCUAUAAAGAGUUGAAGAGUAUUUUCACUGGAAAUUUGCAUACCCAUUUACUACUCAUGUAAGAGGACAUUUCCUAUGAGAAUUUGUAUUAAGUCUUAAAAUUUUUACUUAAAAUCCUUGUUGAUGCGGAUGAAUUCACCUUCUUUAUUCAUCGGGAUAAAGAAUGGGAAGUUUAUUCGUCCUCCAAUGAUUCCAUCAAAGAUGUAACACCUGAAGAAGCUCAGAAAGUAACAGAUGAACUGGCCUAUAUCCGUCCAUUCUGUAUUCACAGGAUAGAUCCAAAACAAAGACAAUAUCCUUAAAUUGAAGACACUUGCAAAACAAAUGCCUAUUCACAAACUUCCAUUGUGAAGUUUUAAUUGUAAUUGAAGAAUUACGAGGUUCUCUUCUGUCUCCACUGGACUGACAAAGACAAAAAGAAUAUCAAGAGAAAGUUUAUCAAUUAUGCCAAUAUGUAUGGAUUCAAUAAGGACGUGACACAUCUGGCACAAUUUUUGGUUGAAACCAUCAUUACAGCCAAAGUCCAAUUCUUUAAUCCACUUAGAUUUGCUGACUAAGUUCAAGAUAUCGGAAUUAGUUUCAUGCGUAUAUCCAGGUUUUUGUUGGUCGAAGGGAUUAAGAAAGUUCUCAGCAUUAAAUUUGAAGUUGAGAAGGAACAGACUUUCUCUACUGAUGAGAACAUGAAGAGGUAGAAGGAGUCUUAGUGUGUAAAAAUAGAGCUUAAGGAUUCAAACCCAGUCACUCUAAGGAUAAAAGAUAUGGAUUUGAAAAAUGAUUAGGAUCAACACUUGUAUUAAGUGAUUAUUCAAAUCCAAGAGAAAUAUGAUGGUUAUGUGAAGUUGUGUUAUGAGAAGUCAGCCUUCUACAAAUAUUUCUUACGUACAACAGAUUCAUUGUUAUUUGAUUUUAAUAAGCAGGGAGAAUUGAUAUUUUUGAGUCGACCGAUUUCUAAAUCAUUAAAGGAGAGAUUUAAUAUCAACUUUGAUCCCAAAGCUAUUUUGUAUAACAAGAUAUCUUACUAAGACAUCUUUGCUUAGAAUAGUAUCAUAUCGAAUAUUGAGGUGAAUAUUCAAAAUAUCCAUGAAAAUAGAAGAAAUCAAUAUUUAAGUAAUUUAGAGAACCCUUAAUUUGAAAUUUUCCUGAAGGUCGUUGACAAUGAUUUUAAGGGAUUCACUGUGAUUUUCCAUGAGAAUGAAGCAAGAAGAUUGAAAUAGUAUUUUAUGGCAUUGAAAAUUGACAACAUGACAAAUGAUGUAUAAAAAGAGGCUGAAGCCAAUAAAUCAUUGGAGGAGGAUAUUUAGAAACAAAUAUUGAUACAAUACAACAAACAUUAGACUUUUAAGUUUUUAAAUCAAUUGGAUGAAACUCAAGAUGUAGCCAAUUCAAUGAUUGCACUGUUCAUUCCAGAAAAUGAAUUAUCUUAGAUUAGACAUCGUAAGACAGAUGGUCGAAGUCCAGAGUAGCAUAGCAAAGAUUUAUAGAAUGAUUAAUGGGUUGCACCACCAUAAAAGAAAAAGAAAAUAGGGUCGAGUGUUUACAUUAAAUACUAACAAUAAUUGGAAGCUGUGGAUGCCAAUCUAUUUAAAGUGAAUAAUAGUGAUUCUUAAUUGGAUUUAUUUGAAUUCAAUAUCCUGGUGUUGGAUUCAUCACAAGAAAAGCAUAGAUUAGUUUAUAGUAUUUUAGAAAGGAAUGGUUUCAUAUCCUAAUACAAUUUAAAUAAGCAAUGUUUGGCUCAGUUCUUGAGUGUGUUGUAGAAGAAGUACAACAAACGAAACAAUUCAUUUCAUAAUUACGACCAUGGAAUAUCUGUGAUGUAAAGUGCUCACUUUAUGUUGUAAUGUGGAAAAGCCAAGCAAUUAAUUGAUGAUUUCAGGAGAAUGUCCACCAUAAUAUCAGGUUUAUGUCAUGAUGUAUCACACACUGGCAGAACCAAUAUUUUCAUGAUCAAUAGCCAGUCCAAAUUAGCCACUCGCUAUCAUGAUUCUAGUCCUCUAGAAUAGCAUCAUGCUGCAUCUACUAUUUUUAUGUUAAAAGAUCCUUCCCUCAAUUUUCUGAAUUCCUUAUCAAAAGAACAAACCCAAUAAUUCAGACGAGUUCUCAUAGAUAACAUCCUAUAUACAGACAUUAAGGUUCACUUCACGUUGUUGAAGGAUUUUGAAAGCAGGAUCAAGGAUGAAGUAACAAAACCAUUUGGUACUGGAGAUGAUGAUCUGAAAUUAUUAACAGGGAUGAUCAUUCAUACAGCAGACUUUAAUGGAGGAGCCAAGGUCUUUGAGAUUUCCAGAAUUUGGUCAGAGAGAGUUAAUAAAGAAUUCGGUGCCUAAUACGAUGAGGAGGGUAGAUUGGGCAUUCCAUAAACACCAUUCUUGAAAGACCUUGACAAAUUGCAUGUUAUGGCUAAAUCUGAAAUGGGAUUCUUUAAAGUGAUCGUCAGACCUUUAUGGUUCACUUUAAACACCUUCUUUGAUGGAUACCUCUAGCAAAGCAUCACCAAUCUUGAUAACACCAUCAUUAGUUGGGAAAAAAUCUAUCAUGCUAAUCUUCCCAAGGAGGAGAGACAACAAUAAUAAUCAUGA